AUGACCAGUACUUCGUCUGAAAUCGAGAUAGCCGCCCAACACCUUGCCAAGGCGAAACGAAUCGUCAUCCUGACAGGCGCGGGCAUCUCCACCGCCGCCGGAAUCCCCGACUUCCGCUCCCCCACCAGUGGUCUCUACGAGAAACUGGCACCCCUCAAGCUGCCCUUUCCCGAGGCGAUUUUCCAUAUCAGCUAUUUCACCCAUACUCCGGAGCAAUUCUACGCCAUCGCAAAGGCUCGCCAUCCCCGCUGCCUCAAACCGACCAGAUCCCACGCAUUCCUCGGUCUGCUCGCGAAGAAAGGCCUGCUCCAUUUCCUGUUUACCCAGAACACCGACGGUCUCGAAGAAGAUGCCUUCGUCCCCGCAGACAAGAUGCUUGCGGUGCAUGGGAACUGGAAGACGCAGCGUUGUCACAAAUGCAACACGCCGUACCCGGACGAGCUGAUGAAGAAGGCCAUCGCCAAAAGAGAAGUACCGUACUGUCUUGAGGCGAGGUGCAAGGGAGCGGUGAAGCCGGAUGUGGUCUUCUUCGGCCAGUCGCUUCCCGCUGCAUUUGAUGAAAAAGAGAAAUUGGUAGCCGAGGCGGAUCUGGUGAUUGUUAUGGGCACAAGCUUGAAGGUUGCGCCGUGCUCGCGGCUACCGCGUUUGGCGAGGGAGGGAGUUCCACGGAUCCUCAUCAACAUGGAGAGUGCGGGGGACUUUGGUACACGACCAGAGGAUGUUCAAAUCCUUGGAUCGUGUGAUGAUGGGUUGGAAAAGUUAGCCGAUCUGCUAGGCUGGUCGGAUGAACUGGACAGUCUCUGGGCUGCGGCUGCGGCUGCGAAAGAAGAGCCGACCGAUGACGAGGAAGAGAUCAGCCUAGACGAGUGUAUUAAUCGAUUGGUCCAGGAGAACCAAGGAAAACAGGUGUCUGACGGACAUAAGCGCAUGCUAGAAACACACUUGCAGUCAAAAUUUGCCCAUUUGCUUCGGUCGAGUUAG